CCAGGAGCCCCUUGUGCAGGCGGCUCUGCUUCCUUUCCCGUGCGGUUCUUUUGUGUGACUUUGCAAGGGGCUUGUGGAGGAUUUCUCAAUGUGUGCCUGCCCAGGCGAGCCCCACAGGGAGGGAGGACCCAAGUCGAGUGGUGGCAGAGGAAGCCAACACGGACCCCACAGUGCUGGAACGGGCUCGACACUUGCAUGCAGUUUUUGAAGUCAGCAAAAGAGAAAUCAAAUUACUAUCAUGUUAUGCUGCUAGAAGCUCAAGACCAGGGGAUUCUCUACCGACGUAAUUACCAUGCCAGAUGCAGCCAGGCACAGAACAGCCAAGUGUGUCUGCCGUGUGGACCCUGGAGACAAAUGACCACAUUUGACUCCCUGAAUUCUCAAAACUCUGCAGCCUCUGUGAUAAAAGUUCAUUCUGUUUAUUUUGUCCUUCUUUGGUGGAAAAAUAUAUAACCCAACAGAAGACUCCACUAAAAUUGGGACAGCAGGAAAUCUAGAGAGCACUGCCAUUCCUUAACUACUCUCAUAAUAAUGGGAGAGGGGAAAGCCUGCAAAGGAGCCCCACAUGUACACCAGCGUCAGCACAACAGAGCACGGGGACAGAAAGAUGAACGGUGAGCAGAGGCUAUAACUUGUCAGUCUUUCAACACUUCAUCUGCUACGAGUUCCGAGUCAGACAUGGAUAUUCUUUGUGAAGAAAAUUCUUCUUUGAGCUCAACUCCGAACUCCUUAAUGCAAUUAAAUGAUGACCCAAGGCACUAUAAUAAUGACUUUAACUCCGGAGAAGCAAACACUUCUGAUGCAUUUAACUGGACAACAGAUUAUGAAAACCGAACCAACCUUUCCUGCGAAGGGUGCCUCCCACCAACAUGUUUCUCCUUACUUCAUCUCCAGGAAAAAAACUGGUCUGCUUUAUUGACAGCUGUAGUGAUUAUUCUAACCAUUGCUGGAAACAUACUCGUCAUCAUGGCAGUGUCCCUAGAGAAAAAGCUGCAGAACGCCACCAACUAUUUCCUGAUGUCACUUGCCAUAGCUGAUAUGCUGCUGGGUUUCCUUGUCAUGCCUGUGUCCAUGUUAACCAUCCUGUAUGGGUACCGGUGGCCUCUGCCUAGCAAGCUCUGUGCAGUCUGGAUUUACCUGGAUGUGCUCUUCUCCACGGCCUCCAUCAUGCAUCUCUGUGCCAUCUCCCUGGACCGCUACGUCGCCAUCCAGAAUCCCAUCCACCACAGUCGCUUUAACUCCAGAACGAAGGCAUUUCUGAAAAUUAUUGCUGUUUGGACCAUCUCUGUAGGUAUAUCCAUGCCAAUACCAGUCUUUGGGCUGCAGGAUGAUUCCAAGGUCUUCAAGGAGGGUAGUUGCUUACUCGCUGAUGACAACUUUGUCCUGAUCGGCUCUUUUGUGUCCUUUUUCAUCCCCUUAACCAUCAUGGUGAUCACCUACUUUCUAACUAUCAAGUCACUGCAGAAAGAAGCAACUUUGUGCCUGAGCGAUCCUGGUACCCGGGCCAAACUCGCUUCUUUCAGCUUCCUGCCGCAGAGCUCCCUGUCUUCAGAGAAGCUCUUCCAGCGGUCCAUCCACAGGGAGCCAGGGUCCUACGCGGGCAGGAGGACUAUGCAGUCCAUCAGCAACGAGCAAAAAGCGUGCAAGGUGCUGGGCAUCGUCUUCUUUCUGUUUGUGGUGAUGUGGUGCCCUUUCUUCAUCACGAACAUCAUGGCCGUCAUCUGCAAGGAGUCCUGCAACGAGGCCGUCAUCGGAGCCCUGCUCAACGUGUUCGUGUGGAUCGGUUACCUCUCCUCCGCCGUCAACCCGCUGGUCUACACACUGUUCAACAAGACCUACCGGUCGGCGUUUUCACGCUAUAUUCAGUGUCAGUACAAGGAAAACAAAAAACCCUUGCAGUUGAUUUUAGUGAACACUAUUCCAGCCUUGGCUUACAAGUCCAGUCAACUCCAAAUGGGACAAAAAAAGAAUUCCAAGAAAGAUGCCAAGACCACAGAUAAUGACUGCUCCAUGGUAGCUCUGGGACAACGACAUCCGGAGGAUGCUUGCUCGGACCAUAUCGACACUGUGAAUGAAAAAGUCAGCUGCGUGUGAUGGGCAGGUUGCCAUGGCAACGGCGGAGGCCACAGCAAACCAGUUUUCACCUCUCUGGGGAAACAAAGAGUAGGGAGGCUGGGGGAAAAAAAAAAAAUGAGGUCGCUCUCCUGGAACCGACCAUGACUCUAGGCCCUGAGUUGUGUUCUGUGGAUGAAAAGCAGAGUCCAAUGCCACAAAAUGUGCACUUCAAAAAUGUUCUGACAGCAUUUCAGCUGUGAGCUUCAUGAUCCUUUUAAUGUUGUAAAUGAUGUCCUUAAAUAAUUAGCUUUUAUCGUACAAUUAUAACGAGGUCCUACAUAAAUCUAGAUCAACUUCUAUUAUUGAAUAGAAACCUUGCCACUAAUGGGAUUGAGUUGGUUACCUACUGCUGUAAAUAAAAAUAGCUAUAAAUAGUGAAAGUUUUGUUGACUACAAUGACCUCUUAAAUAAAGAAAAAUAUAAAACUUACCAUGUCAUAUAUUUUGAAAAGAAAAAGACACUAAUGACAGUGCUACAAAAUCUGUACUGCUAAGUAAUUCAAUGAAAUACUUGACAACAUUUUUCAUUCAUGCUUUCUCAUAGAUGCCAUUUUGAAGUAGUCACAAGAUUGCUGGCAUUUGCUGCAUUCCAAGUUAAUUCUUCUCAGAAGUGAAAAAGAUUUUAAGUGUUACUGAAUACCGAUUGCUGCUUUCUCUUCUAUUUCUUGUACUUUAUUCUGAAUUUCCAAUGUGGUCUUGUUGCGAAUUUGUUCUUCUAGGUGAACUAUCAAAAGGAUAAUUUCAUAUUACCAAAUACAUUCUAGAAGUUGCUUUUCUAAAACAGCACCGAUCAGGUAUCUGGUAACUUGCUGUGAAAUGACCGCCUCAUGCAUGUGCACCUUUGAGCAGCAAACAGAAUAUUGACGUAAUGGUGUCAGGGUUGAGGAAUGAACUCAGGUUUCUAGCUGUUCACAGUAGCAGGGUCUUAGGAAAUCUAUGUGAAAAGCAGGUGACUUUCCUAUUGGCACUGAUCAGGUAAAUUGAGGCUUUCAGAUCAAUCGAUUUACAUUAUUUAUUAAAACUGCUCACCUUGGUUUCACAAUCAUCUUUUGAGUGUACUCUCAUGGAUGGGGCAAUUUUCUAGAUACUAAGGAUAUAAAAAUAAUUAAAACAAGAUCCUUCCCUUAAGGAAAUGACUAAAGUAAAAUUGUCCUUGUCAAAAAAUAUAGAGACUUACUCUGAGAAUCAAUUCCAUGUAUUUCCUUCUUAUCUGCUUCAGAAACAGGUUUGUUACAAUGUGAGAGUAGUUUUCUCAGUAAGUUUUUCUGAUUGAUUCCCAAUGAAUGCCAAGCAAACAAAGAAGGGGGAGGGAAUACCAGUUGUGAUCAGACACUGCAAUCAAUAUAGAAAUAUACACCUUGAUCUGGACCUAACUAUGACUACCAAAGUGUUGAACAAAAUUUUUGUCCCAUCUCUCUAAAAUCACAAUUAUUUUACUAUUACUGCCAAUAAAAAUUUUACUAUUCCCCAGUAAAAAUUAGACAAAUAUAAUAUUUUAUAUAAAUGGUUUAAAGAGAAAAAAAUUAAUAGUAGUUAAUCCACCUUCACGUGAUUGCUGGAAUAGAAGUUAGAUUUAUGAUUAUACUGAUGGAGCAUUUCUAUUGAAUAUGAAGUAAUUUUUACCCUAAGUCUUUGAAAAAUUUACAGAUUUGAAAAUUAAAGAAUAUAGAAAGUAUCGUUAUAUAUUUUGGAAAUGCACUGGUUCUAUCCUUUACAGAUAUGUUGAAAGAUAGUUCACUAUUUCGAAGUUAGAAUUUUUAAUAUGCCACUAGUACCAAGGCUGCAUUUGAACCAGACUACUUCUUAAUGAUCAUACUAUACUAACUGAUGAAAAUGUUAUAAAUGUUAAAGUCUCUGCUCUAAUGUAUUUUGCCUUAGUUUAUAACUCUGCUCAUUUCAUUGUACAUUAAAGAUUACAGAUUCUACCCCAUGUAUUCAACCUUGAUCAGAAUGAACAUACUGCCUGACAGACAUCUUCUGACUGCAUAUAUAUUACAAAUGUGUAUGUUUUUCUUCAAAAAUAUCUACUUAAGUGUACAUAGACAAAUGUGUAUCUGUAUAUAUGUACAGACAUGUUCCCAUGCACUUUAUUCAAUAUUUAUAUAUUUAUAUGGAGGAAAAGAAAAUCAGUGAAAACACUCAGUAUAUACACAUGUGUGCAUGUUUGUAUCAUGUCGAUUUAAAUGUGAAUUCAUGUUCUAAUAUUCCUAUGACCUUCCAUUGCUUUCAAACGAGGCUAAAGCGUAAUAGAAGUAUAGCCCUUUAAAUAAACUGGAAGUUGCUCUAAUUUUGUGGAAAGACUUUAACACGAUUCUAUGAGGGUGGUGAAAACAAUAGUCUCUGUACAUAGUUUAUUGGUUUUAAAUUAAAUGGUAACUAUGGGUCCUUUGUUCAGUCUGGGACUUUCUGAUUACUAAGGCUUUUUGAACACACUCUUCACCCCAGUGAAAGUCCUCAAACGAUUUAUGGGUCAAUGAUGAAAGGAUUCUCUCCUAGUCAUUACUAGUAAAACAGAGUAACAAAUAUUUCUUUUCUUUAGGUUGAAAGAUUAAUUUUUCUACACUUAAAAGAAAGGAAUUAAACGCCAUAGUUAGAGAAAACUCAGUUUAAUGAAUAAGUAAUCUACUUGGCCACAGCGCCAUCUCAUGGUCAUUUUUUGAAGUGCUCUCGUAGCCAAAUCGAACUGUUCCCGUACUGCUUUUAGGAAAGGGUGCUUCUCCCAUUUGUGCAUCAAUGGAACAUAUUUAUAAAGUGUUAAAUUAUUCUGUGCCAUAUGUAACAGAUACAGUGAAAAUUAUUUUAUGUACUUAUUUUAAUUAAGGUUAUUCUAAACGAUUUCAAGAA